CGCUCUGCGGCCGGCCCCGCACCGCCCCGGCGGCGCCUUCGCCGCCUGGCAGCCCGAGCUCCGCUGCCUGCGGCCGCUGGCGGGGCCCCGCUGCGAAGGGCCGGCUCGGGGGCAGAGUCCGGAGCGGUGGAAGGCUGAGGCAUUGGCAUUUGGGGGCAGCCUGGCCUGGGACGGCGCCGCCCCGGGGCCCACAGAACGUUCUGACGCUCCUUGCAGCGGCCUGGCCCGCUGGUGAAGGUUGGUGCGGAGCUCCGGGCGUGAGCAGGGAGUAUUGCAGAGAAAGAGAAGAUGGCAACCAUUGGUGUUAGGAAGCAAGAAGUUCCUAGAGAUCUGGAUCAUUGUGAUAUUCCAUACUAUGUUUCUGAAUUUGUGGAAAGAGAAGUUGGAAGUGACUACAGUUGUCUGAGCAAGCUGGACAACCUUAUUGAUAAGCUGUCUGAAAAUAAAAAGCAGUUAGAAGAACAAGUGCUUACGGUUUCAUCAGAAGUCCCUAAAAAAAUUCAGAAUGCCUUAAAGAAUGCAGAGGAUUCUAAAAAGUCUCUGAGUCGGCUUUUAGAGGAGGAAACUCUUCUGUCUGAUGCAAUCAGUAGCCAUUUACUGAAAGCUCAGCCAUGGAUGGAGGAUCUUGAUGUACUGAUUGGUCAAGUGGAAGAGAUUGAACGACACCUGGCCUAUCUUAAAUGGAUUUCACAAAUAGAAGAGUUAAGUGAUAGCAUUCAACAAUACCUCAUGACCAACAAUGUUCCAGAGGCAGCCAGCACUCUAGCAUUCAUGGCAGAACUGGAUAUUAAACUUCAGGAGUCAUCUUGUUCUCAUCUUCUUGCUUUUGUGAGAUCCACUGUUAAAUUCUGGCAUCAAAUCCUUAAGGAUAAGCUGUCAAGUGACUUUGAAGAGGUACUGGCCCAGCUCCACUGGCCAUUUGUGGGACCACCACAGUCUCAGGCCUUUGGCCUUGCUGCUCCAGCUGGUGCUUCUGAUGUGUACAGCAAUUUGGAGAUGUUGUUUUGUCAGCUUCUGAAAUUGCAAACCUCAGAUGAACUGUUAACUAAACCUAAACAAUUGCCAGAAAAGUACUCUUUACCGCCAUCGCCACCCAUUAUCCUUCCAAUACAGAUCAUGCUGAAUCCUCUUCAGAAGAGAUUCAAGUAUCAUUUCACUGGAAAUAAGCAAACCAAUGUUUUAAACAAGCCUGAGUGGUAUUUAACACAAGUACUUAUGUGGAUUGGAAAUCAUGCCAAGUUCCUUGAUGACAAAAUCCAGCCAAUACUGGACAAGGCAGGCUCUUCGGUGAAUGCUGGGCUUGAAUUCUCUCGUGCUCUAGUAAUGCUGAUUCUGGAGAAGCUGGCUGCUGAUAUUCCAUGCCUGUUGUAUGAUGAUACGCUCUUCUGUCACCUUGUGGAUGAGGUACUUCUAUUUGAGAGAGAGUUAUACAGCGUUCAUGGUUAUCUCAGCAGCUUACCCAGUUGCAUGCAUAUUCUGUCAGAAGAAUCCUGCUUCCAAAGGUGGCUGACAGUGGAAAAAAAAUUUGCUCUCCAGAAAAUGGACUCUAUGCUUUCCUCAGAGGCUGCGUGGAUAUCACAAUACAAAGAUAUCAGCGAUGUAGAUGAGAUGAAAGUCCCAGACUGUGCUGAAACUUUUAUGACUCUGUUGUUAGUUAUAACAGACAGGUAUAAGAAUCUUCCAACAGCUUCUAGAAAACUACAGUUCCUGGGCCUGCAGAAGGAAUUAGUUGACGAUUUCAGGAUACGAUUAACUCAAGUAAUGAAGGAAGAGACCAGAGCUUCCUUGGGCUUCCGAUACUGCGCCAUCCUUAAUGCUGUUAACUAUAUAGCAACAGUGUUGGCAGACUGGGCUGACAAUGUAUUCUUCUUGCAGCUACAGCAGGCUGAACUGGAGGCUUGUGCAGAGAGUAAUGCUGUCAGUAAACUGCAGCUGGGGCAGCUGGCUUCCAUGGAGAGCUCUGUCUUUGAUGAAAUGAUUAACCUUCUGGAACGCCUGAAACACGACAUGCUGACUCGCCAAGUAGAUCAUGUCUUCAGAGAGGUCAAGGAUGCUGCAAAGCUGUACAAAAAAGAGAGGUGGUUGUCUUUACCAUCUCAAGCAGAGCAAGCAGUAAUGUCCUUGUCAAGCACGGCUUGCCCAAUGCUGCUGACCAUCAGAGACCGCUUGCUGCAACUAGAACAGCAGCUCUGCCACUCGCUGUUCAAAGUCUUCUGGCAAAUGCUUGCAGAAAAAGUGGAUACCUACAUCUAUCAAGAGAUAAUCAUGGCAAAUCAUUUCAAUGAAGGAGGAGCAGCACAGCUCCACUUUGAUAUGAAUAGAAAUCUCUUCCCUUUAUUUUCACACUACUGCAAGAGGCCAGAAAACUACUUCAAGCACAUAAAAGAAGCCUGCAUUAUCCUCAACCUGAAUGUGGGCUCUGCCUUGCUGCUGAAGGACGUGCUGCAGUCGGCCUCAGAGAAGGAGGCAUUAGCACCAAACCAGCCAUCUGCAACAGCAGCACUCAAUGAACUGGGAGUUUAUAAAUUAGCUCAAAAGGAUGUUGAAAUUCUUCUCAAUUUACGAGCUAGUUGGCCAAAUACUGGAAAAUAAAGACUUCUUCAGAAAUGAUUAGUAACUUGGUCUAGAUUAGGUGUUUCCAACAGAAGCAAAGCAAAUGUGUUGUAAUAGGCUUAGGUUAUUUUUCCAAUAGUGUACCCUGAAGAACUGCUUUACUCUCAUCUUAUGCCUUACUCUAUACAUUAAAACAAAAAUUCAGAAUGCUUCUGACUUGGUUCUGAACUGCACACAUUUUCCCCAGCCCCCAUCAACUGCCUGGAGAAGCUAAACCAGUCAUCUCUAAUGAAGAUGUCAUCCCUGUCAGUGUUCUGUGUUGUAACAUCAGUGGAAGGCAGAGUGUGCUUACAGGGGGAAGACACCCACAUACAGUAGGGACAGCUCUUCCCCUAAACACAGGGGCUUUACAUCUCUACAUCCUGGGUCAGGGAUGUUCUGUAUUAACAGGUGUGAACACACACCACGGAAGGAAGGAAUGUGUCACUCAGUAUGAAUAAACACAACAGGUUUUUUUCUUUGCUGUA